ACCGGGACAAGUCUUCUCACGUGAGUGGCCAUCAUGCGAUGUUGAAACACUUGUAUCCUUGCCGAUCCCGGAGUGUUGUAUGGAUGCUUCACGAUCCCCGCCGUCCGAAAAUCGUUCGUUGUUCAGCACCAGUCGAGCACUUGAUCCAACCGGUGCAACAUCACGUCUUGGAUGGAUGCCUCGAUUUCACAGAUCGCGCCCCAUCUCUUUGUGGGGAACGUGAAGAGCUCCCUGAAGCGACAGGUCCUUCGCGAAAAUAACAUCACCGCCGUCGUGUCGCUGCUUGAUGGCGGCUACAACAAAUGGAGCCAUCCCGAGUAUAGGGCAAUUAUCCCCGAGGACUGCCACCUCUACGUCCCGUGCCUAGACAGCUCAACGAUGGACAUCCUCGCCCUUCUAGAAGAGAUUUGCGAUUUCAUCGAAAUACAACUAAGUAGCAACUCGAUUCCUCAAUCAGUAGCCUCGACUCCUCAUUCAGUAGCCUCGACUCCUUCGGAAGAAUGGGACGAGAGCUCUCUCCAGCUUGGCGUGGAGACACCCCGCGAGGCCAACGUGUUGAUCCACUGCCAGUUGGGCGUGUCUCGCUCGGCAACGGUCGCGAUAGCCUACCUUAUGCGGAAGCGCCGCGAGGGCCUCGACUCUGUGUACCCAGAAGUGCGGCAGCGGCGCAAAGUGAAGCCGCGAGACAACUUCAUCGACCAGCUCCGAGUCUGGGAGGCCGUCCGCUACGAGGUGUGGGAAGACGCCGCCAAGACGACCCCCAAAGAGCAGUAUCGGGGCUACCUGGCAAGGCGGGCGGUGAGGCUGAGGGCCAAAGGUUUGACUGGAAAUGAGCCCAUUGGAAUCCUCAAUUACUGAGCCGCGAGAAAUCUUCGGAAUACGGGCGGACGUUGCGGAGCGAAAUGGCUCGGUUCCGACGGCCGACGGUCGACGGUCGACGAUGUGCUCCCGUUCCACAGUUGUGCUUUCACAAAAGUCCAUAUUUCCGUCUGUUACCACACUUGCAUAAGCGGGAUAAAAUACAAUUGGCUUCAUAACCCGACUUUCAUAUAGGCUAAUGAGUCCAUGGCGGCAUAAAACCAGCCCCCAAGAAAUGAGCCCCCAAGGCCUUAAAGCAGCAGCAGCACUUGUCCAAAACAGGGCGUCCAGAGCUCGGGCGGUCUAAU